UGUUCCCAGGCUGACGGUGGGUUUGCACCAGUAAAAUUGAUUCUUGCACCUAAUCACUCAGUGUCUUCACCUGCUUUUCAUAUGCAACUGCCCCGAACCACAUCGUACGCCAUAGAAGCUCGCAUCCAAGGCAUAUACAAACAUGCAGAAUGUUCCCUCCUUUUCCCUUGCUCUUCCCAACUCUCUUACACACACACACACUGUCUUUUGUAAAUAGUCACCGGUUACCACCACUAUACCAUUCCCAUGUAUGAACCUACUACAACACGAUCUACUAUCGGCUUUAUGGAUGCGCUUCCAUUUGACAUUGUCAGCGAAAUCUUUUCAUACCUAACACAAGAUGACUGCAUCAAAAGCAUGUCAGUUUCCAAAUCGUGGUACGAACGCGUUCCAAUCUACUGCACACACUUGUGGCGAACAGUUGAACUGCUGCCUGGUGACCGUCACAAGCGGUUAAAGAACCAGCGGUUCCUGCAAUGUCUGGGUCCUCACGUCCGCAAAGCUGUUUUAUCUGCAUCUAGCAGAGACGAACUUUCCAUGUUCCUUGCUACCCUGCUUGAAUAUACAUGCGAUAUCCAGUCCAUAGUUUUCCGACGUUGCAAUGUGGUCCACCAAGACGUUUACCAAGUAGCAUUACAACCCUUUUCAAGCACGCUACGAGAACUUUCCUUUGAAGAUCAUCCCUAUCGGCUGUCGCCAAUACAUAUGAUGGCGUCGUGCCCCAAUCUUACACAUUAUACCUACCAUUUCAGCGACCGUCCUGACUACCAUACCUAUUCGCGCGUAUCAUCCAAACUACUUCCAGAUACUCUUCAGUUAUCCAUCAAAUACCUCUGCCUCAACACUGGCUCAUACAGUGACUUUAGACUUGGUGCGAUCCUACAGCAUUGUCCACAGCUCAGAUGUCUUGUCGUCAACCAAUCCGUACCCACAACGUUCGAUCUCGACAUGUGCUCACGCUUGUGUCCAGAAUUAGAAUGUCUCGGAUUCCAUGGCGCUGUCGUUUCACAGCAACAAGGGGCAAAUUGGGAAGCAUAUGCACGACGGUGUGGCACAAGACGAUCCAGGGGUCUGCGCCAUUUCAUCUCGGCCGAGAUUGGCGGAUAUGGAGCAAGACAGAUGGUCCCAUUCCUCAAAAAGCAUCAGGAUACCCUCAAAAGUGUACGCAUUGCAGGCAAUUACAGAAUUUAUGAUGAGGAAGAAAAGAGCUGGUCAGGUUUACAGGCGAUACUUGCGGAACAUUUGGAGUCGGUCCAUCUGACAGGGGUCGUGUUGCCGAACCAGCCUCUGGGUACAUUUUUGCGACGGUCCGAGGCGUUGAACCAAGUCGUGCUAGAUUAUGAACAGACGGAUUUCGAUGACGAUGUGGCAGACGCACUUGCAGCAUUGCCGCGGCUACGCAAACUGGCUGUUAACGUGAAAAAACCAAGCGUUCUCACGACCUGGGCGUCCAACAAUACGACUCUACUUGGAUUCAAACGCUUAUUGGCUGCACCGAACCGGUUGAAAGAAUUAUCGUUCGGAGGAAAUGUGCUGGUAGAUGACGAAAUUAUUGACGGACUCAAGGAUCUAACAAGCCUGCGACGACUCGAACUCGACCAUUCAGAGUGCUAUGGUACCUCGACCUUGUCUGCAGAAGGCAUAUUCAGCUUGGCGAACUGCAAAAGCGGCAGUGCACUCCAGUCUUUGACAUUACGAAAUGUCAGCAACCUUACGGAUGACACGCUCCUGAGCCUCAGUGCGAGCAUGGGAAGCUUGAAACGACUGGUGCUGUCUGGAUGUAACGGUAUUACCAAAACUGGUUUGUCCAUGUUGAUCGAUAAUAAUCAAACAACCAUCCAAGAGCUACUUGUCAGUGAUUGUACUUUGGUUUCUGAAAAUUCAACCUUGAAUCUAAAGAAUGGCAAACUGACUAUCUCAUACAAUAAAUAAAUGAAAAAUACCAUCUAUUACUUAUUCAAAAGGAGAAAAGUAGCUAUUGCAUUGCAUCUUUUCUACAGCUUUUUUUUGUGCUUGGCUCCAGUAUUGUAUAACUCAUUUAGCAAGAAAAGGUGCUGCAAAUCGAAUUGUGGAUAAAGAAUCGUCGCGGUGGAAUAUAGUCAAGUACUCAUCUUGCGAGAACGAUAUGAAUGGCAAACACGUG